AUGCCGACUUCAGUGCAUUGCCGGUCCGUGUGUCGGAAGAACCGACGUGCAACUUUUCGGAAAGCCUUCCGAAAAUCGAUUCAGCGACCUCGUACCUCUGCCAACGCCUCUUCCUCCCCCGACGCAUCCAAACUCUUCCCCGAUGUCACCAUCCUCCCCGACUUUGAUUCGGUGCUCACCACCCUCCCCAAGAACGGUCUCAUCAUCGUCACCACCACUAACGACACCCACUUUCCCUUCGCCAAGCGUGCACUUGAAUCCGGCUUCAACGUGCUCGUCGAAAAGCCCGUCGCCACCAACGAGUCCGACGUCCAGACGCUCAUCGAUCUCCAGACUAAGACAGGAAAGCUCUGCGCCGUCUACCAGAAUCGACGCUUCGACGGCGACUUUUUGACCAUUCAGAGUCUUCUUGCCGACAAGGAGACCGAGCCUUCCGCUCUGGGAGUGCCGACGUACUUUGAAUCUCGCUUCGAUCGGUUCCGACCGUACGCGAAGGGGGGUUGGAGGGAGGAAGUGGAUCCUGACACGCAAGGUGGUGGAAUGCUCUGGGAUCUCGGAUCGCACCUCAUCGAUCAGGCACUCUUCCUCUUCGGUCCACCGGAGAGCGUCACCGGCUUUGUGAGGAACCAGCGAAACCAAGGACCGAACGCGGUGGACGACGACUGGAUGGCGAUCUUGAACUAUCCCGAAGCUGCACCUCUGCCUCCUUCCUCGCCCGCCUCCGGCUCGAAGAUCGGCGGGUUGAGGGUCAACUUGGGAGCCACGUGUCUGAGCUCGCAUGUGGAUGCUGAACAGCCCAGGUUCAGGGUCGAGGGUACGAGGGGGAGCUACGAGAAGCGCGGUACGGAUCCUCAGGAGAACCAGCUCAAGCUCGGUUGGACACCCUCCAGCCAUCCGGAAGAGUUUGGUGUCUACAGCGAGAAGUCCGACCCCGACACGGUCCGACUCGGAAGGCUGACCACCAUGGUCAGAUCGGACGAGGACCUGUCCCUGCCCACGCCCGGCUCAGCAGCAGCUGCGCCGAAACAACCUCAACUCUCGGUGGCGAGCAUUCCGACGUUGCCCGGAAGGUACAUUGAUCUGUUCGGCAAUGUUGCUGCUUCGAUCCAUGCGGUGCAGCAGGCGGAAUUGGCUGGAGGGAGUGCGGCAGAGGCGCUGAGCAAGGUGUCGCUGGUUGGUGUGGAGAGGACGUUGAAUGCGGUCAAGCUGAUCAAGUUGAUCCGCGAGAGCAGCAAGCAGGGUAAGACUCUGCAGUGGGUCUGA